AUCACAAGGAACGGGUCUCCAUUUGCGUUUUCUUCGUUUUGCUUCAUUAUGAACGGAAAUGGAUUACAAAUGUCAGCGGUAUGAUAGCGAAGAUUGGGCGGGAGAGUUUUGAUACUGUAACUUAGCGAUUUUUUCCCCCUUCCUUAAAUAAAUGUUUUAUGUGAAGCAUGCCUCCAAAAAGAAGUAACCCUACCAAGAAGCUGUUGUUCGAUUUGGUUAAACGCUUAACCAAAUCUGAGAAUGAUCAGGCAGUUAUUUCAGUAUAUGUACGUUUUGCUGAACAGUUAAAGCAGUAUAGUGAACGAUCAACUUUUGAGUGUUCAGAAACAUAUUUGGCUGAAAAGAUAAAGAAAACUCUUCAGUUGUCAGAGAGUUCUCAUCUGGUAUCAAGAUUUGAAGAACUUCAUCGGCGGCUUCAAUGUGGAGAGUUUUUGAAGAAGCGUGAAGCAGUACUGUUCUUCCUCUUAUGUUUGGGAAGCAGUCAGAAAGAGCAAUCGAGAAGUUCAUCAACAGUCAGCAUAACAAACUUAUCUCAUAAUGCAACUCUACCGCAACCAAUUACUUCUUCACCACAAACUAAUGAUCCAGUGUCAUCAACUCUACCUACCUUACAAGUGACACCAUCUGCUUUAGAAACUUGGCGACCUGGUGGUUCUGAGAUGUCAGUCUCAUCAGCACUUCGUUCAUAUGUAGGCAAUGUUCUUCACACUUCCUCUGACAAAAAGUCUUCUAAGAUGCAUUCGACAUACACAUCAACCAUAGCUUCAACAGUUCUCCCUGAUCCACUGAGUUAUGGCUGUCGGGCAGGCCAAGGCGAUUCAAAAGGAGGCCUUGGGACUUCACUUCACAUGCAGAGUUCUGAAGCUGGGUCUGGAUUACUUAUGUCUGAAGCCAAUGGAGAGUCUGUUCCGACAGAAGGUCGAAAUGCUCUCUUUCCUGCCCCAUCAAUGAAGAGCAGUGCUUCAGAACGAGUGGUUCUGCAAGAUCUUAUUUUCAGUUUCCAAGGCAUUCCUGGAACUUUGUUGAAAUUGGAUCCUGUCUCACUUGGAUUUAAACUUGACCCAAGAUUCUCAGUAAGUCGACCAAUACGACGAGUAGUAUUACGGCUAGCAGAACUUGGUUGGUUGCACAACAGAUUACGCCGCUUUUGUGAGGAAGCAGAGAGCUCACGCUCAUUGGGCCUUAUGGAAAAAAGUUUAGUGUGUGCUUUGAGAGAAGAAUUAACAGAAUAUUAUAGACUUGUAGCGGUUUUACAAGCACAGGCACUUCAGCAACAGCAGCUCCUACCAUCAGCAGACUCUCCUCUUAGUGAGGAACCAUUUCAUGGAUCUGCAAGCUCUGGAGGAUUGACAUUACGUAGCCUGGGAGUAUGGGCCCUAGAACCAACGGAACGAUUGCGUUGCUUGGUGGCCAUUGCAGAAACUAGCAAAAAUCGUAAAGGAGGUGCUCUGGCUUCUGCUGUGCACAGUUUUCUCCAGUCAGGGGAUCCUGUUGAACGAAGAACAGCUCGACAUCUUUUGGCAGCGGUCUGUAAGCCACUGUAUCUCAUGUUAAGCCGGUGGGUUGUGGAUGGUGAACUAGAGGACCCGUAUGGAGAGUUUUUCAUUGCUGCUGAUCCUCAAGUAACAGGGGAACGAUUGUGGUAUGACAAAUAUCGAGUACAGAGUGAUCUUGUGCCCAGUUUUGUUCCAAUGGCUGAGGCUAAUAAAAUAUUAGCCACUGGGAAGAGCAUCAAUUUUCUUAGAGAAGUAUGCCAAGACCAGACUCCAAUACAUGGUCGUGAUAUGUUACGCCAAGCAUUAGAUGCUGCAAACGUGGAAGCUUUGUUCACUUCUGACAGAGAUGGAGAUCUUGGUCAGGUGAUGGAAAUGGCGUAUCAAGAAGUUUCACGCAGAGUUCUGGAUGUUUUGUCUGGCCCCCACAAAUUUUUGGAAAAUCUUCAUGCAUUACGGCGGUACUUGUUAUUGGGCCAGGGUGACUUUAUAAGACACCUUAUGGAAAUUAUCAACCCUGAACUAUGCAAACCUGCAUCUCACUUGUAUGGACAUAAUUUGUCAGGGAUACUUGAAACUGCUAUACGUGCCACAAACGCUCAGUUUGAAGACCCUGAAAUUUUGCAGAGGCUAGAUGUUCGGCUUUUGGAACUGAAUGCAGGUGACAUUGGCUGGGAUGUGUUCACACUAGAUUAUCAUUUUAGUGGUCCUAUAAGCACAAUCUUUGUUCCAAAUGCAAGCUCAUAUUUAAUGUUAUUCAGCACUCUUUGGCGAGCCAAGCGUUCUGAAUACGUUUUGACUGGAUCAUGGAAGCGUCAGACUACUGCUAUGCGCAUGUUACGAAAGUUGCCAGAGCUUGCUCCAGUGCUUCAAAGAACACAUUUGUUGACAGCUGAAAUGAUACAUCUUGUGCAGCAAAUGCAGUAUUAUAUGUUAUUUGAAGUUCUGGAAUGUUCUUGGCAUGAAAUGCUUGGCAAGCUAGGUCAGGCUGAAUCACUUGAUGAUAUUCUUAAAGCACAUAUGCAAUUUUUGGACAAGACUAAAGCAGGUGCUCUUUUGGAUAAUGAAUCAAAGCGUUUGGCUGCACGGUUAAGGGUUGUGCAUUCUCUUGUUUUGAGUCUCGAAAAGAUUGAGACUGAUCUCCACAAUCAUGCUCUUCAAGAGUUAGCUGCACGUAAUGCGCAUGAGAAUACCAUUGAAGCACGUGGCGAUGCUGGAGAGUUUGGGACAGACACUGCUGAAGAACAGGCAUAUGAAAAAGCACGAGCAGACUUCAAAAAGAAAUAUGUACGAGAUGUACUUACCAAGUUGACUAUCCUUGCCACUGAUUAUCAGGAACAAGUGAAAAACUUCCUUCUGGAAUUGGCUGAUCAUCCCAACAAUAAUUUACAACUUCUGAGUUUUCGUCUUGAUUUCAAUGAUCAUUAUAAACGUCGAGAGCCUCGACUUGUGGCCCCAUACACUUACCAGCAUCGAAGGCUCUCAGAGAUGGGGCACCGAGUAUCUCUUACAGGAGCUGCAUCGCCUGCCUUAAAUUGGAUGACGUAAUGAUUCUCAAAGUUACUUUUUCUUAUCAAUUUUGCUUUGUAAUUUUUUAUAUAUAUAAUUUUGUGUUUGUUUUUUAUUUAUUUAUUUAUUUUGUUAUUCAGCCCCAGUUUCAAAGUGAAUGCUGUUUGGGUCCAUCUAUACUGUGCCAGCAUGAGAAACUUCAAGAUUAUACCUAGUUACUACUUUUGCUUCCUGCAUUUGUCACAAUUGCCAUUUUUUAAUGUGAUUUAUUUUAAUAUAUUUUGUAUAUUUAAUUUUCUUGUAUAUAAUUUGCUUCAAUUUCAUAUUUUUUGAAGGAGUGUUACAACUCUUUAAUUUACUGCCAUUUCAUUAGUGUGUAAAGUAUUGCUGAUGUAUUGUCAAGAAGUUCAGAUCAUAGCUUAUUCCCCAGAAAAAACUCUUUGUAACAAUGUAUUUAACAAAAGUUUAAGUGAUAUCUUAAAUCAAUUAAUAUAUAUCAUGCCAUCAAUGUCAUUACCCAUUUUUUACUAUAUAAAUAUGAAAGAAAACAGUGUCAUGAAUAUUUUGAUUUAAUGAACAUUUAUAAUUUAAUUAGACACAAGAUUUGCUGAGAUUCUCCAUUGUAGUCAAUGUCUGCAAUAUGUGCCAUAAAUUAACAUGAAUAUUUAAUGCAAGAUCUGAAUAUACUCUGAUGAUGUUAAUUUAAAGGAUUCUUUAGAUUAAACAAAACAAAACAAAACAUGAGCUUCUCCAGGUUGUAAGAGAACGAAGAUAUAAGAGAGCACUUAAUAGUAUGAAUCUGCAACAUUCAGGUUUCCAAGUCAUAUCAACAACAUUCACUGCAAUGAAGGUACAUCCAUUAACCUGUUAGAUGUGAAGCCUAUUCUGUUUUCUUCACUACUAGCAAAUACUACUAUCACAAUGGUUCGGGGUCCUUAAUAGACUGUGUUAUUUGUCAUGUAGAACCACAUCCGCUGGUAAAUUUAAAUGUAAAACUCUUUUUAGUUUUUAUUUUGGUGUGAUAAUUACAUGUUGAUCUCUGCAUCAUAUUGCACAAGCAAAUGAUUAUUUGCUUUAUAAUAUUUUUUAAUUAAGCGGUGGAUUAUUGCAUUGUACAGACUGAUGUAUCACACAGCUGAGCUUUUGCAGCACAGCCUCUUUGCACACUAUAAAUACACAAAUCAAUUGUAAACUAAACUGUUGUCAAGUAGAACUACAACUUUACAUAUGUAACGAUGAGAAAAGUUCAUCUCUGAAAAAUGCACUUAGAAGACUGAAUAAUUUCUGGUCAUGUACUAGGUGUGUAGCUAUCCUAUUAGAUAUUACAGAUUGAGAUGUGAAAAUGAAAUUGAAGUACUGGUGCUGAAGAGCUUCCUGGGUGAAGUGUGCAAGGAGGGGGUAACAGCUCAAUGCAAGUUUUUCACCCAUUUUUCAUACAAUCCGCCUGUGUUUUUUAAGCUCUUUGACCUCUUCAAAAGGUGGAUAUAUUAGAGUAUUUAUUAUUUUUGUAAACUUUUACCAAAUAUGUAUGGCAGUUAUGAACAUGAUCUGAGUAAGAUUUUUAGAAAGAUUAAAUUAAGUUACUUUUGCAGAACUACCAGUCAAAAUAGAUAUAACUAUGUAUAGAAUUGUUUCAUAUUUUUAAAAUUUUUUUGUGAAUUGAAUGUAAUGAAAUAAUGUUAUAUAUGUCCUGUAAUGAUUAUUUGUAAUAAGCAAAAUGGAGUUGUAAUGUUGCUUUUGUUAUAUUAACAUUAUAAAGUAGGUUGAAAUCAAAAUUUCUUCCUUCCAGUAUGUAGAUAGCUAGCAAAUGACAUUUGAAAUAAUCCAGCUUUUCCAAUUUGUCACAAUAUUAAUAAAAAUGGAGUAGCUGGAGCUUAUUUUCUUUUUUUUCUGUAUUGUAUUUAUUGAGACAAAACAUUCCUCAAAAUGUAUUAAAAUAAGUACCUCUAUAGACUAAUUUUUUGCAGGUCUUGAUGUGAAGAACCCAGAAAUUAAUUCCAUUUCUUUGGAAUAGAGAUUGUGAUAUAUUCAUAUAUUUUAAUUUUGGUCAACUUAGAACCACAUGGUAUGGCCAGUUAUGGAGUUUUGGGGCAGCUGCUAUCCGCCUACCCUUCCCUCUUCAUCCCAGAAAUGUAAUGCAUAAGUGCAAAGUAUGCAAGCCUAUUAUGUUUGCAAACAGUGAAUAUACUGUACACAGUAUAUCAUAUAUCAUAAAAGUGCAUUUGUUUCAUUUUUCAUUAAAUUCAGUGUAAUAAUUUUACUAUGUGGUAUUAAGCAGUUAUGACAUUAUUUGUAUUACAUGGGGGGGGAUUUAAUGAUAAAACAAUUCUUGCAAGUGAAUGUAUACACGUAACCUGUCUAUCGUAACAACGAAACUAAGAAAGUAAAAAAUGGUAUAGAAUGAAUGACAAGUCCAAUGAAUGACAUGAAAAACAGAGUUACCCGUUUUUACUUUAUAUGUACGUAUAUAUGGAGUAAUAUACAUUGUAUAGAGAAAGUUAUGUAAUG